AGCCAUAUUCCAAUGGAAUUCAGCUGAGAAGAAACUAUCAUGGCUGCUUAUUUCUUCAUCAGUUUGCGUGGUACUGAAUUCUCAACAUCUUCAGCCUCCGCAAGAGACUUCAUGGACAAUCUGACCAGAGACGGUCGAGCAGAGAGAAAACCAGACGGCAGUUACUUUGUGGAUAGAAAUCCUGCCAUAUUUCAUCAUGUUUUGGAUUAUUUGUCGGGUAGAACAUUCCACCUGCCGAAGGGAGUCUGUGCGAUAGAGGCAAGGGAAGAGAUGGAGUUUUGGAGAAUUCCCCUGGACGCACUUCCCAAGUGUUGCUAUGAAGUAUUGUACGACGAUAAUUUGUCCAGCUAUGAGGCGAUCGAAAACAUGGAGGAACGUUUGAAUGUUGGAAUAUCCCCACAAGAAGGGAAAUGUUCCCCUAACAGUAAACUUCAGAAAAUCAGAGAAACCUUCAACAAAGCAGUCAUGGAACCAAGAUCCAGUCUACUUGGAAAGAUCUGGCUGCUUCUGGUGGUCACGUGUACCCUCACGGCGGUCGUCUGUUUCUUGUUGAAUAUGCACAGUGAAUUUAGAGUACCAAGAGAACACAUUCCUGUGGUUUCAAACAACGCCACCUACAACGUAUUCCUCAGUAACCCUAAACGAAUGAUGCUGAUGCUACAGACUGUCCCGAUGGAGCGCACCAUCUUGGAAACCAUUUCUAACGUCUUUCUUACGGUCGAUCUUUUCUUCCGAUUCAUUAUCACACACAAAAAGAAGGCGUUCAUUUUGAACACGUAUAACAUAGUAGAGCUCAUUGCCUCCGUGUUUUCAUUUGUAGUUUUGUAUUUUGAUAAACAUCCUGAAGUAAUCCGUAAUAACAAAACACUCGAUAAAAUUAUAUUAAUUUUUGGGGGGUUGUAUACGCUUAGAGUUCUGAAACUGUUACGGAUAGCCGAAACUACUUCAGAAAUGAAGAUCUUAAAACUAUGUUUUCAUAAAAGUUGGAAAAUAAUUGCUCUUCUCCUCAUGGUCUUUACAAUUUUCUCUGUUAUCUUUGGUUCGGCCAUGUUCUGGGCAGAAUUCGACAAUGCCGAUACCUUUCCUAACGUCUUUAUCAGCAUCUGGUGGGCAGUCGUUACCAUAACAACAGUGGGGUAUGGCGAUCACUACCCAAAGUCUCCCUUCGGAUAUAUCAUGGCGUCUCUGACGGCUCUGUUCGGUCUGUUACUGAUUGCGAUGCCCAUUGCUGCCUUAUCGUCCAAUUUCAGUACUUUUUAUAACUGUUAUACUUACAAAAAGAAAUACACUGAAGCCAAGAAAAAGUACAGGGAAAAUUCCUCUGCAUGUUGCAUUGAUAAGUGAUUUUCUUGCAGAUUAUUUGUUCAAAAGCCGACAGAUCGCGGUAUCAUUCUAGUUAGCGGUCUCCCUGUGCAGUCGGCAGUCCCUGGUUUGAUUCUUUUUUGGGCGUUGCAUCAAACCUUAAACAUAUAAUAUUAUAAGGUGUUUGUUCCUUCACCAAGCGCCCGACAUUGGAAGUGAAAGCCAUGGAUCUUUCGGCAAUGACCAUAACUACGGAGGUCAUGCGUUGACCAUUACUGUUGUGGCUUUAGUGCCAUGCAUACGUCAGAAUUUGUUGGACUUCACCUAAAGCUGAAGACGUGUCUAUAUGAGUGAAAAAUUCUCGAAUAGAAUAUUUUACAUAAAAAAUAUAGAAUAGACACACACAAAAACUCAUUGUAGUCAUGUACUUGCUGAUACGCUUUCAUAAGGGGCCCAAGGUAGUAUAAAUCUGAAUUAUUGGAUUUUGUUAAAUUUUGAUAAGACUGGUAUUUGAUUUCUAAAGGAAAUGUCGAAAUUUGCGUCUACUGGGGUUUUUGAGCAACAGGCUAUUGUUGACUGUUUUCCAAUUAUAGCAUUUUUUAAACGGCAAAUCAUUACUGAAUAUAUGACACAUAACAAUGUAUAUAGAAUACUGACAUUUUGUUUUACUAUUAAAUUCAUACGGCAUGAAUUGACGCCAGGGGAAAACAUUAAUCGGUAUUAACAGACAAUGGACUGUUGUACUUUGCGAAAGAAUUCUGCAUAACGCAGAAAAUUCACUUGGUAUCGAACGUUUAAAUUCUCUGUUUCAUAUCGAAAGAUAAUAAAUCGUUUCCUAAAGUUUAUAACUAAAAUUACUAAGCUUUAAUUUGUUAUCGAUUUAUAGUGGUAAUAAUUGAACGACUCAAAAGUUGAAAUACUCCUUAAACCAGACAACUCUCAAACACGAAACUGUCAUUGUUUAUUUGGGAAUGUCGAAUGUUUUUAAUAUUCAAUCUUUUUUAUUCAUACAUUAAACUUUUAAAAGGUUUUCCAUUUGUGGUGUAUUUUAAUGUUUGUAUGCUAUAAUUAUCUAUUUGUAUUCAAUACCUUUAAUCGUAUUAAAUCAUUACUAUCCCA